CUUUCCCUGCUCAAAAAAUCACCAGACUCAAAUCCUGGAGACCUUGAACUGUUGGACAAGGGGCGUGAUCCACGCCGCCGCUCCACAGCGUGCCACGCUCCCUCCGAUUCCUGGCGGCGGCGGCGCCUAUAUCGUCGCGGCUCGCCUGGCAGAGGCGCGCGCCGGUGCCCUGGUUGACCCCGUCCGCCGCAACCCCAAUCCAGUCUCGGUGUCGUCGAUCUUCCACCAGUGCAGGAGCAAUCAACUCGAAGCGGCGCCCGCAAGAUGCGACGGCGUCAUCUGCCUCGUAAGCGCUUUCGGCAUUGCAGUUUUGGGCCCAGAAUGGCUUAGAGGUCAGAGCAAGGGAAAAUGCAGACUCGGGCAAAAGAGCAGUUCAUGAAAUUUCAUGACAGCAAAACAUUUCAGUAUGCAAGAAGAUCUCGACUGGACUGUAGUUCCGAUGUAGUAUAUGUAGGGCUAUGAAUUAAUACUCUAGUAUUCUUAAAUUAUGACAAACGUAUCGUUCUGGUUCCUGAUUAGAAAUAUACUGACAAUUUUCCGAAGAGCUUGAUUAAUUUGUAGUCUAGUCUAUCCUCCCUUUCAAAGAAUUUGGUGGUCGCUCUGCGAUAGAUGAACAAAAUUAAUUAUACAUGGGUAAGCUUCUCAUUGGACUGAACCCAAACAUCUAAAGGGAGUGUUAUAUUUUUAAGUACAUUUGAGUGCAAAAAGUUACUAGCCAAAAGGAACCUGGGACACAAUCUUGUAAACUAGGAUUAGACGCAGAAAUCGGUUGGGUUCAAUCUGAUUUAUCGAGGGGAGAGGAAAUGCAGAGUUUGUUUCCCUGUAAAUGGGUUCAUAUUGAGCGGAGCGCAUUUUUAGAUAAUUGUGUUUUACUUUUAUUGUGGUAAGUCUUCAAUGUCCAAUUGUCCAUGCUUCAGAAUGUGAGACUUGUUUUCUCAUUUGGGUAGUUCUGCUGCUCUACGAGGCUGCCGCUGUCCUUGCGCUGCUGAUUUUCCGCACCCAGUACAAAUGUUUUUCUUUUGAACUUCAUCCAGUCCACAUGAUAUUUUGUAUCUUAUCUGUAGAGUUGGCAUAGUUCUACCAACAGUUGAAGUGCGUUUCGAGCAUCUAAAUGCAGAUGUGGAAGUUUGUGUUGGGAACAGGGGACUGCCCACCGUUCUGAACUCAAUUACUAACAUCUUUGAGGAAAAGGAAAUUACCAAUUCUCCAUGGCAUUAGUGGCAUCAUCAAGCCUCGUAGAAUGACACUGCUGCUAGGUCCGCCAGGAUCAGGGAAGACGACAUUUCUGCUUGCAUUGGCUGGGAGGCUUGGCAGCGAUCUUCAGGUUUCAGGCAAAGUCACUUAUAACGGGCAUGAAAUGGGUGAUUUUGUGCCUGAGAGGACAGCUGCGUAUGUAAGCCAGCAUGAUCUUCACAUAGGAGAGAUGACUGUGCGUGAGACACUUGUCUUCUCCGCAAGGUGCCAAAGAGUUGGAUAUUUGCAUGAUUUGCUUCUUGAGUUAUUAAGACGAGAGGAAGCAUCCAACAUCAAGCCUGAUGUUGAUAUUGAUGUUUUUAUGAAGGCAGCUGCAUUGGGAGGGCGAGAAGCCAAUAUCGUCACUGAAUACAUACUGAAGAUAUUAGGACUAGACGCGUGCGCAGACACAAUGGUAGGAGAUGAGAUGUUCAGGGGCAUAUCUGGUGGACAACGGAAGCGUGUUACUACAGGUGAGAUACUGGUUGGGUCGGCGAGAGCACUAUUCAUGGAUGAUAUCUCUACAGGGCUCGACAGUUCAACAACAUUCCAGAUCAUAAACUUCCUCAGGCAGGCCAUCCACAUCCUAAGCAGGACGUCGGUCAUCUCCCUGCUACAGCCUUCACCUGAGACUUACAACUUGUUUGAUGACAUCAUACUCCUCUCAGAUGGGCAGGUCGUGUACCAUGGGCCCCGCAAGAACGUUCUCGAGUUCUUUGAGUCUAUGGGGUUCAGAUGCCCCGAGAGGAAGGCUGUUGCAGACUUCUUGCAAGAAAUAAUGUCAAGGAAAGAUCAGAAACAGUACUGGGCACGACAUGACCAACCCUACCAGUAUGUAUCUGUGAAGGAAUUUGCUGGGGCUUUCCAUUUGUUUCAUGUUGGCCAAGACAUGGCAAAUGAGAUUGCAGUGCUGUUUGACAAGGGCGCAAGCCAUCCUUUGGCACUCACUACCUCAAAGUAUUGUGUAAGCACAAAAGAACUUCUGAAAGCCAAUGUCGACCGGGAAAUUCUUCUCAUGAAGAGGAACUCAUUCUUCUAUGUAUUCAGAAUCGUACAGCUGAUCUUGUUGUCAAUCAUCGAGAUGACAUUAUUCUUUCGUACAGAGAUGCAUCGUGAUUCUGUGGCGAAUGGAGGCAUCUACAUGGGUGCACUCUUCUUUACUACGAUUAUGAUCAUGUUCAAUGGUUUGUCUGAGCUGCCCCUCACCAUUUUUAAGCUCCCGGUAUUUUUCAAGCAAAGGGAUCUCCUAUUCUAUCCUGCAUGGACUUAUACUGUACCCUCAUGGAUUCUCAAGAUCCCCCUCACAUUUAUCGAGGUUGGUGGGUUUGUUUUUACAACCUAUUAUGUCAUUGGAUUUGAUCCUGAUGUAAUCAGGCUUUUCAAGCAAUAUCUGCUUUUCUUAGCGGCUAAUCAGAUGGCAUCUUCCCUCUUCCGGUUCAUUGCCGGGGCAGCAAGAAACAUGAUUAUUGCAUAUGUCUUUGGAUCAUUUGCAUUGCUAGUUUUUAUGCUUUUAGGUGGAUUCGUCCUGUCAAGAGAUAGUGUAACGAAGUGGUGGAUUUGGGGAUACUGGAUCUCUCCACUGAUGUAUGCGCAGAAUGCUGCAUCAGUGAAUGAGUUCUUGGGGCAUAGCUGGCAGAAGGUCUUGCCAGGUUCAGAUGAGCCCCUUGGUGUGCUAGUCCUCAAGUCCCGUGGAGUAUUUCCGGAGUCUAUGUGGUACUGGUUUGGCUUUGGCAUGUUGCUUGGAUUCACUCUGCUCUUCAACUCUCUCUUCACUUUAUGCCUUGCGUAUCUUAAGUCAAUUGGUCACUCCUAUCCGUCAGUAUCAGAAGAGGCGCUGAGGGAGAAAAAAGCAAACUUGACUGGCAGUGUUGUAGAUGUGCUGUUUAUAGGGAAGGGACCCGGCAACACUUGCUUGACAUCUGGCAGUGCUCAUCAGGCAACUGGCUGCCAUAGUGAAACAUGGUCAUCUAUUUUUGAUCCCGAUUCUAUGCCCGCACAAAGGGGAAUGAUUCUCCCCUUCAUUCCACUCUCGCUUGCUUUUGACGAUAUACACUACUCCGUUGAGAUCCCAAGGGAAAUGAAAGUACGAGUAUUGCAAGAACGGUUGGAGAUCCUAAGGGGUGUCAGUGGGUAUUUUAGACCAGGAGUACUGACCACACUGAUGGGUAUUAGUGGUGCUGGAAAGACAACUUUGAUGGAUGUGUUGGCUGGAAGAAAGACCAGUGGAUUCAUCAAGGGAAGCAUCAGCCUUUCUGGCUAUCCUAAGAAGCAGAAGACAUUUGCACGCAUUUCGGGGUACUGUGAGCAAACUGAUAUCCACUCUCCACAUGUGACAGUGUAUGAGUCACUAUUGUUUUCGGCGUGGCUCCGACUUCCACGGGAUGUGGACUCAAACACAAGAAAGAUGUUCAUUGAGGAGGUGAUGGCACUCGUGGAGCUCACGACGAUGAGAGAUGCUUUGGUUGGACUGCCUGGAGUGAACGGUCUGUCAACCGAGCAGAGGAAAAGGUUGACAAUCUCUGUGGAGCUUGUUGCAAACCCUUCAAUCAUUUUUAUGGACGAACCAACAUCAGGACUUGAUGCACGGGCAGCAGCCAUUGUCAUGAGGACAAUAAGAAACACUGUUGAUACUGGUCGAACUGUUGUCUGCACAAUUCAUCAGCCUAGCAUUGACAUAUUUGAAUCUUUUGAUGAGCUUUUUCUGAUGAAGCAAGGUGGAGAAGAGAUCUAUGUAGGUCCAUUAGGACACCAUUCUUCAAAAUUGAUUGAGUAUUUCGAGGCAAUUGAAGGAGUCACUAAAAUAAAAGAUGGCUACAAUCCAGCAACAUGGAUGCUGGAAGUGACGACAGUAUCACAAGAACAGCUAUUGGGCAUUGAUUUCAGUGACAUAUACAAGAAAUCUAAACUCUACCAGAGGAACAAAGCCUUGAUAGAUGAGCUGAGUACUCCACCAUCUGGUUCGGACGCCCUCUACUUUCCUACCAAGCAUUCAAGGUCUUUCUUCACACAAUGCUUGGCAUGCCUCUGGAAGCAGAACCUGUCAUACUGGAGGAAUCCCCAGUAUAAUGCUGUCCGUUUUUUCUCGACAACGAUUAUAGCUCUACUCUUUGGCACCAUAUUCUGGGAUCUUGGCACCAAAAGAGAGAAACCACAAGACUUGUUCAAUGCAAUGGGCUCAAUGUAUGCUGCUGUUCUAACCAUAGGCGUGCUCAAUUCAGCAUCAGUUCAACCAGUGGUGGCUGUUGAGCGGACUACCUUUUACCGUGAAAGAGCAGCUGGGAUGUACUCAGCUUUCCCAUAUGCAUUUGGACAGGUCGCAAUUGAGAUCCCGUACACAUUGGUUCAGUCUAGCAUAUAUGCGGUAAUAGUGUAUCCUAUGAUCGGAUUCGAGUGGACAGCACAUAAAUUCUUCUGGUAUCUCUUUUUCAUUUACUUUACGUUGCUCUACUUCACAUUCUAUGGUAUGAUGGCAGUCGGGUUGACAGAGAACCACACCAUAGCAUCCGUUGUAUCCGCUUCGUGCUACGCCAUAUGGAAUCUCUUUUCCGGGUUUGUGAUCCCAAGAACUAAAAUUCCUAUCUGGUGGAGAUGGUACUAUUGGAUGUGCCCUGUUGCAUGGAGUUUGUAUGGGAUGGUCGUGUCACAGUAUGGCGAUGUUGAUGAUCCGUUGUACGAUGGUGUCACCACCACCACUGUGGCAAGAUUUGUCAGUGACUACUUUGGCUUCGAGCACAACUCGUUGAUGGUAGUUGGUGCAGUUGUUGUGGCCUUUGGGCUGCUCUUUGCCUUCUUGUUCGGUUUUGCGAUAAUGAAGCUCGAUUUUCAUAGGAAAUGAUGUAGAGGACACCACCUUGCUGACAAUAUACAGUUUGAUAUUUGGUCAUGUAUUUACCAGGAAGAGUCCAGCUUUUGAUGUCAUGUAGAAUCUUCCUAGCAUCAUGAACCAACUGUGUCAUGUCGGAAAUGUGAGGUUCAUAUGUAAAUCAAAAAUUGCUUUUGUUGGCAAA